ACCAACAUGACCAGACCGACCAUGGACGAGCCCCCACGCGAUACUGUCUCUCCCGAGAAGUUCAAAGCCGCCCGCGCUCAACUCCUGCAAGACGAAAAGGCCGUGACGUAUCUCUCGCAGGCCGUCGUCGCGGCACGUCGCCGACUUCCCAUGGUGAAGGUCGACGAUCCAGCUCGCUUCUGCUUCGACACGUUGCAUGGGGAACAGUCCCUUCUCGACCUCUUUGACGGGCACAAACAGUUGAUCAUCUAUCACGUGAUGCUGGCGACCGAGGACGUGUCUUCUGUUGGAUAUGACACCGUUAGGUCGGCAGAAAGAGGGGAUGACAUGGACCGAUUUCGGUCACCUAGAUAGUCAGUCUAACGAUGGGCGGGGCUAGACGGUUGGCUUCA